AUGCACCCCUUUUCCGUUCUUACUCUUGGGAUCUUCGUCGCGGGCUAUAUUACCGCCAGGUGGGACCUUGUUACCCGUCUAUACGAAUUGGCCAUCUUCGCCUGGGAUCACGGUGUCGUGACACGAACUGCGAAAGGAUUUUUGUUUCUUUCCGUCUUCUUUUUCCUCCUCGUCCUGCCGAUUAAUCAUCUCGCAUCUAAGGAGGGUCAAUUGGUGAGUAACACCGGAACAACCAAAGCUUUGGGCAGCGAUCGAAAGGUCAAAGCGCUUGGUGCUAGCCUAGGAAUAUUUGCUGACGACAUUGAGGGAUAUAUAGCAUCCGCGCCACGUGAAUCUCGGCGUCUCCGCGCGCGAACAAUUGCGCCGUCGAGGUUCGUUCUGAGACUCGGGUGA